AUGCCCGCUCUCCCGCAAGAAGGAGAUACCUUGGCAAAUUGUCGAACAGCUUGCGGGCUUCGACGAAGAAGACGGCUGGCGAAGGGAGUCGCGGCGCGCACGGACCAGCUAGCUGCCCUGCCGGCAUCCGGCGAGCGUGCCGGUGAGGAUCUGGCCGGGGACGGCGAGGCGGCUUCUUGGUCGCGGUUGCGGCUGUGUCGGGAGGGAGCGGGGGUGGGAAGCAUUCGGUUCCCCGGCGGCAAGACGACGGUGGCGGGCGACGUGGGAGGUGGCGGCGUUGCUCAGCGAUGUUGCGGGCGCCGGCAGCUGGCAGAGUCACCAGAAAACUGGGCGGCGGCGGCGACGACGACGACGAAGGAGGCGGGCGUGGUUGCUGUUGGAUGUGGGGAGGCCAAUCCCCCUCGACCGAGCAGCACGAGACGAGCGCGCCAGAUGGAUCAGCGGCCGUCGCUCUUCUCGCCGUACCAGAUGCGCCGCUUCAGCCUCGCCCACCGGGUGGUGCUGGCGCCGCUGACGCGGUGCAGGGCCAUCGGCGGCCUGCCGGGGCCGGCGUUGGCGGAGUACUACGCACAGCGCUCCACCGACGGAGGGCUGCUCAUCUCAGAGGCCACUGCCAUCUCGCCGGCAGGGGCGGGGUUUCCUCGUGUCCCUGGAAUAUACAACCAAGAGCAGAUAUAUGCAUGGAAAAAGGUGGUAGAUGCUGUUCAUGCCAAGGGAAGCAUAUUUUUCUGCCAAUUGUGGCACGCCGGCAGGGCUUCUCAUCAAGCAUAUCUGCCAGACGGCGCUGCUCCAAUAUCGUCCACUGAGAAGCCGAUAUCAGCAAGCCGGAAGACACUGUUGCCUGAUGGUUCCUAUGGCACGUAUCCCGUGCCAAGGUGCCUCGCCACAUCGGAGAUACCGGAAGUAGUCGAGCAAUAUCGCCAAGCUGCCGUAAACGCCAUCGAAGCAGGCUUCGACGGUGUGGAGAUCCACGCUGCCCAUGGUUUCAUCAUCGACCAGUUCCUCAAGGACGGCGUCAACGACCGGACCGACGAGUACGGCGGGUCGCUCCCCAGCCGCUGUCGUUUCCUACUCGAGGUGACCCGGGCCACGGUGUCGGCCGUUGGACCGGACCGGGUCGCGGUCAGGGUGUCGCCCACCAUCGAUAACCUCGACGCCUACGACUCGGAUCCUGCGCGGCUCGGCAUGGCCGUCGUCGAGCGGCUGAACGCCCUCCAGGAAGAAGUUUCCAGCGGCGGUCAGCUUGCCUACCUCCACCUGUCGCGGGCAAUGCACGGCGGUGGCAACGCCGAGGAGGAGGGCCGUCUCAUGCGCGCCAUGCGGGACGCGUACCGUGGGACGUUCAUGUGCGGCGGUGGCUACACCCGGGAGCUCGGCAUGGAGUCGGUGGAGCGUGGCGACGCCGACCUGGUGUCGUACGGGAGGCACUUCAUCGCAAACCCGGACCUGGUGGAGCGGUUCAAGCUCGAUGCAGGACUCAACGAGUUCGUGAGGAAGACGUUCUACACUCCGGACCCCGUCGUGGGCUACACGGACUACCCGUUCCUCGACAGCCAGCCUGAAUCGCGCAUGCAGUAG